AUGGAGAACAGCACAGCCGUGGCUGAGUUCAUUCUGCUGGGGUUAACCGAUGACCCGGGACUGCAGAUCCCGCUCUUCCUCCUCUUCCUCCUCGUCUACCUCAGCACUCUGCUUGGGAACCUGGGCAUGGCCGCGCUGAUCCUGCUGGACGCCCGCCUCCACACGCCCAUGUACUUUUUCCUCAGUCACCUCUCCCUGGUGGACUUCGGCUAUUCUUCAGCCGUCACUCCCAAGGUGAUGGCGGGUCUCCUCUCGGAGGACAAGAUGAUGUCCUACAACGCAUGUGCCGCCCAGUUCUUCUUCUUCGUAGCCUUCAUCACUGCAGAAAAUUUCCUCCUGGCCUCCAUGGCUUAUGACCGCUACGCGGCAGUGUGCAGACCCCUGCACUACUCCACCACCAUGACCACCAGCAAGUGUGUUUGUCUCCUCGCAGCCUCCUAUGUCUGUGGCUUCUUGAAUUCCGCCAUCCACACUGGGAACAUCUUCAGGCUCUCCUUCUGCAGGUCCAAUGUGGUAGAUCACUUCUUCUGCGAUGCCCCUCCUCUCCUGGCUCUCUCCUGCUCAGACAGCCAUGUGAGUGAGAUGGUCAUCUUUCUAGUGGUGGGUUUCAAUGCCCUCUCUGCUAUCCUGGUCAUCUUGAUCUCCUACCUGUUUAUAUUCAUCACCAUCCUGAGGAUGCAGUCUUCUGAAGGACGCCAGAAGGCCUUCUCCACCUGUGCCUCCCAUCUCAUCGCAGUCUCCAUCUUCUACGGGACCGUCAUCUUCAUGUACCUGCAGCCCAGCUCCAGUCACUCCAUGGGCUCUGACAAGAUGGCGUCCGUGUUCUACACCAUGGUCAUCCCCAUGCUGAACCCCCUGGUGUACAGCCUGAGGAACAAGGAGGUCAAGAGUGCCUUGAAGAAGGCUGUGUGGAAAGCAAAGUCUUCUGUGGGAUUCCUGAUUUAG